AUGCGACUGAGCAGCAGACUGUGCUCAGCAUUCGUGCAUAUCCACAAUCCGAGUCUUUGGCCAGCAGAGUUGAAAGCAGGUGUGCUUGCUGGUUGCCGUGUCAUUCCAAAUUUUGUCACCGAAGCUGAAGAAGCCGAGAUGUUACGGGAAGUGGAGCCACACAUGAAGCGACUAAGAUAUGAGAAAUCUCAUUGGGACGAUGCAAUUCACCUAUUUCGUGAGCGGGAGCAGCGUAAAUGGUCUCCAGCGAAUGAAAAGAUUAUUCAACGUAUCCGGAUUGUACAUGAGCGAAAUGAAGAUCAACCGCAGAGUUUAACAGAGAAGUUGGUUAUCUUGAAUCGCACUGCAUUUCGUCUUUUGCAUUUAUUGAAGUUGAUUUUAGCAGCAAUCAUCCCUAAUCAGUCUUUCAGUUAG